AAAGGAAACAGAUUGCCCCAAGGUUGCUGUUUUCAUUUCCUCAUGGGAAGAAGAAGCAUAGCAGAAAAGAAAAGCAGUCGCAAGGCACUGAACCUCUGCCACCAUGGGGAACUGGGCUGUGAAUGAGGGGCUCUCCAUCUUUGUCACUCUGGUAUGGUUGGGGAUAAACAUCUUCCUCUUUGUCUACUACUAUAAGGUUUAUCUAGAGCCUCGAUUCUAUUACACACGAAGACUUCUUGGGGCAGCGCUGCCAUUGGCCAGAGCCCCUGCAGCCUGUCUGAAUUUCAACUGCAUGCUGAUUCUGCUGCCAGUCUGUAGAAAUCUGCUCUCCUUCCUCAGGGGUUCCAGUGCGUGCUGCUCAACAAGAAUUCGAAGACAAUUGGACAGAAACCUUACCUUUCAUAAAAUGGUGGCAUGGAUGAUUGCACUUCACAGUGCAAUUCACACCAUUGCACAUCUAUUUAAUGUGGAGUUCUGUGUGAAUGCCCGAGUCAACAAUUCUGAUCCUUAUUCAGUAGCACUCUCUGAACUUGGAGACCAUGAAAAUGAAAGUUACCUCAAUUUUGCUCGAGACAAAAUCAAGAAUCCUGAAGGAGGCCUGUAUGUGGCUGUGACUCGGUUGGCAGGCAUCACUGGAAUUGUCAUCACGCUGUGUCUCAUAUUAAUUAUCACAUCAUCCACCAAAACCAUCCGGAGGUCUUACUUUGAAGUGUUUUGGUACACACACCAUCUUUUUGUGAUCUUCUUCAUCGGUCUUGCCAUCCAUGGAGCUGAGCGAAUUGUACGUGGGCAGACUGCAGAUAGUUUGAAUCAUCAUGACCCAGAAAACUGUAAAGACAAAAUCGCACAAUGGGGAAAAAUAGAAAAUUGCACAAUCCCACAGUUCUCUGGGAACCCUCCUAUGACUUGGAAAUGGAUAGUGGGUCCCAUGUUCUUGUAUCUCUGUGAGAGGUUGGUACGGUUUUGGCGAUCUCAACAGAAGGUGGUCAUCACAAAGGUAGUCACUCACCCUUUCAAAACCAUUGAGCUACAGAUGAAGAAGAAGGGAUUCAAGAUGGAGGUGGGACAGUACAUUUUUGUCAAGUGCCCCAAGGUGUCCAGGCUGGAGUGGCACCCUUUCACGCUGACCUCUGCCCCUGAGGAAGACUUCUUUAGCAUCCAUAUCCGCAUUGUUGGGGACUGGACAGAGGGACUAUUCAAUGCUUGUGGCUGUGACAAGCAGGAGUUUCAAGAUGCCUGGAAACUACCUAAGAUAGCUGUGGAUGGACCCUUUGGCACAGCCAGUGAAGAUGUGUUCAGUUACGAGGUGGUGAUGUUAGUGGGAGCAGGAAUCGGGGUCACACCUUUCGCAUCUAUUCUUAAGUCAGUCUGGUACAAAUAUUGCAAUAACGCCACCAACCUGAGGCUCAAAAAGAUAUACUUCUACUGGCUGUGCCGGGACACACAUGCCUUUGAGUGGUUUGCAGACUUGCUACAGCUGCUGGAGACCCAGAUGCAGGAGAGGAACAAUGCUGGCUUCCUCAGUUACAACAUCCAUCUCACCGGCUGGGAUGAGUCUCAGGCUGAUCACUUUGCUGUGCACCAUGAUGAGGAGAAAGAUGUGAUCACAGGCCUGAAACAAAAGACCUUGUAUGGACGGCCCAACUGGGAUAAUGAGUUCAAGACAAUUGCAAGUCAACACCCAAAUACCAGAAUAGGAGUUUUCCUCUGUGGACCUGAAUCCUUGGCUGAAACUCUCAGUAAACAGAGCAUCUCCAACUCAGAGUCUGGCCCUCGGGGAGUGCAUUUCAUUUUCAAUAAGGAAAACUUCUAACUGGUCUCUUCCAUGAGGACAUAAAUGUGGGUUAUGCUGCCAUAUACCCAACCAAAUAAUCCUAGUUGAUAAUGUAAGUUCCCCCCUUUUAAAAAAAGGAGAAAAUGAACCUAUAAUGCAGAGGUUUUCCCUGAAAGGAAUCAAAGAUUGUUUGAUAGUGAUAAUUUGCAUUUGUAUGGGGCUUUAUGAUAUUCAGAGUGCUUUUACGGAACAUUUCAUUUUUUCCUCACGGUAAUGCCAGAGAAAGGUAGGGCAAGAUUUCCUGGGCUCUGUUUUUAAGAUAAAAAAUGGGGACUCAAAAUGGUAAAGUAACACCCCUAAGAUUAUGAAGCUGAGACCAGAUCUAGGCCAUGUGACUCCAGGUUUGGUAGUUUUCCCAUGGUGUCAGGCUGCCUGAAAAUCAGUUUGUAUUCUUCCCAGAAGCAAACCAGAGAGUAGCUAUUCAUUUUCCAUUUUGUGUCAUCUUGGUUAUCAUUAUGGUCAUAUUGAAAGGAAUUUGCCAAAUAUUUAGGCGAUAAUAUAUGGUGAGAAUGAGUCAACACUUAGAGUAACAGGACUGACAUCUGAGCAUACUCCAGUUUACCAGUACAGCUUACUAGUUGGGUCACAGAUUCUUCCUACAAAAUAUAUUAGACUAGCUGGAAUUAAUGUAUCACUCAGCAUUUACAGUGAUGCUGGACAGAGAGUGGAUACUCAGUGAAAGUUUGUUGAGUGAAUGAAUGAAUGAAUAAAAAGAUAUUUAGAAACAUACAAUGCCUAAAGAGCUAACUAAUUUAAAGCCUUGAACAGAAUCUACUGAAGUGACUUCUGUUACUUGUAGAGACCAAAGGAAUCUGAUUCUCCAGCCAGGAGAGAAUAGCCUGAGGAUAUUAACCAAUGAGAUGCCCUGCAGCUCCCCUCACAUUUUUAACUGAAGCAGGAGGAAAGGGAGCUGGAGGCAGAGAAUUGGCCUCAUCCCAUAACUCUGGCUGGCUCCUCUGGUUCUGCUUCCUGUGCUAUGGAAGAAAUGCAAACUGGUUUACUGCCUGAAAGGGUCUUCUCCAGCCAGCACUUGUGAAUUGGAAAUUAAGAACUGUGACAAAUAUGUGUCUGAUAUGCCCAUCUGCUUUAAAUAGCAUCCACCCCUUGUUUUGCUUAAAUAUACACACAAAAUGGCUCUUUGUGUGACUAACGGUUAUUGUUAUCAUCAUCGUCAGCAUGAAAUUUACACCCUGGAAACUAAAAUCACCAGCUUACUGUGUAGCUAUUGAAUUCACACCCAAUGGAAUGUUCCAGAUAUCUGUAAGUUCAAGAGAGAGUCUCUAAAUCACUGCUAGUAUGAUCAGAAACAUGUUUUUUUAGAACUGCUUUUAUUUCUGGAAUCUAAAAACAGCUUUAUUGGCUCUACCUUCUGGAGCCACAGAUAUUUAGAACUUUUCAACUUUGGUAAUGAGAAAGAAAGAAAAGAAAGCAGGGGGAAGGGUAGAAAACUGGGUCAAGCAGGCAGGGGAGGGAAGGCAGAAAGAAGAGAAGGAGGGUGAGAAAAACAUCAAAGGCCAAAGGGAAGGAUGGAGGGAUGGGUCCUCAUUGGUUACUUUCUGCCCCAGAGUUCUUAGUAUUCGGUGUAUUAUAUGUAACUGAAGGAGGCUUACACAUACUCAUUUUUUUGGAUUACAUAUGGUAGUCAAUCUGAAAUUCUGGCCAUAUUUUGAUGCUGAGUGGGCAUAUCAGGGGAUGGGAUGAACUUGCAAGAACUCAGUUGUUUCUUUGGGCUCCCAGAAUGCCCAGGGCAAUAUGGGUAGGUCCUGACAAGUCAGACUUACUGUGGGAAUGUCACCUCCCCAAAAUGUCCCAGGAAGGUUUCUGCUUAGAGAAACUUAGAUAGAUCCUACUGACACUGCACCUCGGGAAUCCAUUCAUUCAUUCACCAAAUUUUUAUUGAGCUGUUACUAUGACUCAGACUGUGUAUUCAUGCUUUCAGUUCUUUACACCAAAGUGUGAGCAAGAGGGAAACACAGUAUAAGGACACUUGGGAAUCUUGACCCUCUCUAACCUAUGUGGCAUAAGAAAACCCAAAACUACAUUUGAUGCUCUGAAAAUGUUUCUCCAGGGUUUUCUACCUUUGACACCAACAUAGUUACUAACACAGAGAGAUCUGCCCUGUGUUAUCCUGGUUAUGAGAUGAAAAAUGAGUGUAAAAGUGAUUGUCAUAAGAGCUUCCUGCUUCUUUCUUUUCCCAUGCUGUCAGCAGCCAGCACAGCUUUAUUAGCAUUUAGUAUUUAGCAUUGAGCUGAGAGAAUGAUUGAGCAUUGUUUUUAAUCUCAAGGCUAUGAAGGCUUUUCUUAGUUUUCUUGCUUUUACAAUAUUGCAUUUAUGACAUUUGAAUACUCAUUGGUGUUGUAUGUGAAUAGUUUUGGGGGGCCUGAGAGAUAAUUCCUAGACUGAACUAUUCAAACUGUUCAACUAUUAAAAUUAAUGAAUUCUCCUAG